UGAAAGAUAUAAACUUCUAUAUUGCCAAGUAUUUAAAACUGGAAGCACAACUACGUUAACCAUUUUACAUAACCUUGAACACAAUGACAGAAGAAAUACACACGACAUGAGAGAACAACUCAAUAACUUGCCAUUCAAGCGGCUGAAUACCUAUUCUGAUGAGGAAAUACGUUUUCGAUUUGAGACGUACACAAAGCUGAUUAUUGUCCGCAAUCCAUUAGAAAGACUUGUAUCAGCAUGGGAGGACAAAUUCUCCUACGCCCCGUCACGAUUCGGAUACCGGAAACAGUAUCAUUCUAUGCUGAAAACACUUCUCUCCAACACGUCAAAUACAAUGAUUGACUACGACUUCAUCAUGCACACGGAGACAAUAGCGGAAGACUAUCAGUUGUUCUUUAGGAAGGCUGGAAUCGUUGGGAGAGAAGACCUGAUCCCGGAAGUACGACAGAGGAAAGGUGAUAGACUAUUUUGGGAUUUCUAUAAAGAAAUACCAUUGGAAGAUUUGUGGCAAAUCAAACAAAAGUUUAAAGCAGACUAUGAUAUGUUUGGAUAUAACUUCCAUGAUGACAUUGCAAAACUUUUUAGCCGUUGA